GUGACAACUGGGUUUCAAAUGGAAAAGCAUUCGCAAAUUGGUGAAUACGCAAUUUCGGAAAAAUUCGCUAAGCAAAAGCCAUAAAUUAACAAAACCGGUUGGCUGAUGACAAAAACUCCGGAAAAUUAAUUUUACGAUUUGUUUUCGCUGUGCGAUGUUGUGGCGUGUGCCACCAGCGAAGUACGCAAAAAAUAUUUUAUUGAUGUGUUCACAACACUCGGCAUACCGUGAUUUAACGCCCGUUCGAUACAUACGAGUAUAAUACGUUUUAGGUUUCCAAGCCGCGUGCCAGCGCCAAUAGCUUAAGCAGCAUAUUAAUUCUCGAAAACGUUUAGGUGUUUCAAAUAAAAUAUUCUACAGUGUCCAGCGGCAACAUAGCAAUACGAUUAAAAAUAGCUUAGACAUUUACUAUGUUUUAUUGUGCAAACCGCAGUGAAUUUAGCAAUGUGAAGCCAUAGAAGCUACAUUCUUGCAUAUACGAGUACAUAUAUUUCAAGAUAGUCCGCAACGCCUGCGCAAUAAUGAACAAAAUAAUAGUGCCAUAACAAAACAAAAACCGAAAAAUUAAUUAAUUUGAAAAAAUCUAAAAUAAAUCGCACAAAACACAAACACGCACAUAUCAAUUAAAGAAAUAAGUAUUGUUUUUCAAACGCCAGUGAGUGAUCGAAAAUUUGUAAUCCAAAAUGUGCAAUAAAAUCCGGAAACGCCCACUGGCGCCACUUGUCGCUUCGUUAGUGUUGCUUAGCGCCGCAACGUUAACCAGUGCAACCGCCGAUGCUGCUGAUGCUGGCGGCGUCACACAGUUGGAUCCGGCUUUGAAGAAUAUCAAAUUUAUCGAGAACAAAGUUAUACCCGAUAUUAAAUCACAGGCCAAUGAGCGUCCGAGAACCGAGGGUAUGGAUGCGGAAAAGUGGCAACAGGUGCAGCGUUUUAUGGAGGAUGGCAUGCCGGUAUUGGAAUUAUAUGGAUAUAAACCAAGGCGAGAUACCCAAUUUACAAUGAUUAUACCGAAAAUCGAUGUGCGUACGAUUGAAAAGCCGCGCCUAAAAGAAUUCAUGCUGGAGCACUUGGUGCCAGGAAAAGUCUUGGAUAACUUUAGCGAUGAAGAGGUCUAUGGCAAUGGCAAUGGGCACAAAAUACAUUUAUAUAAAGUGGAGAAAUCACAAAAUAGCCUUUGGUUAUUAAACGGAUAUCUCAUUUUGUACAAAAUACGUUUGAAUGAGAAUUUAAUGGCAAUCGCCAUUGACGGCUAUCUUGGUGACCGGAAAUCGCCCUACUCCAAACGCAACAUACAAGACUCGAAUAGCCGUUACAAUGAACCACAGCGUUUGGAGAUGCGCAACAUCACCACAACGCACACCAAAAUCGAGCCCAUACUAAAAGAGUCGAAAUCCAGCCCACUUAUGUCCUUUCUCAACAGCAUGAAAAGUGGCACCAAAGUUUUUCAGCAUUUCCUGUCCAAAAGCAAUCUCACACAGAUAAUGGACGAUGGCACCUACACGAUACUCAUACCGUCCGAUAAUGCCUUUCAACGUUGGCAUCCCAUCGACUGGGGUUUCUAUCCAUUCAGUGUGCAUGAAUUCACCGAAAGUGUGUUGCGUAACCAUUUCCUGCCCACACAGCAUCCCUUGCGCAUGGCCGAAGUGAAGAACGCCGACAAGAUGGUGGUGCGAACGAUGGGCGGUGAGAAUGUGGUAUUCCGCGGACAUCCCAAUCCAACGGUGAACAAUGUUUCAAUUAUGUCAGAUCAUGCACUGUUAAAUGGCAAUCAGGUGUUCCUUAUCUCAGAGGUUUUAUUUGUGUCUGAGGCAGUGGUUUCCAAAUUGCAUCAGAUGCACAAGGAUAAAGAAACACCACCACUUCUUGCUUUCCCCUGGUUUGGUGCUCAGUUUCUAUCACACUCAUUCCUGGCUUUGGAACGUGAUCCCAGAUUUAGUCAAAUCACGAGAUACUUGAAUAAUGCUGAAAUCGCACCACACGUCUCCGGCGCCAAUUAUACGUUCUUCGUACCAGAAGACAGAGCUUUCGAACGACUCGGUUUUGAUCGACUGUCCGAUGAUGUUAUGGCCUCACCACGCGGCAUCAAAAUGUUACUAAAUCACUUUGUACGCGGCCGCUUGUACGAUCGCGAUCUGCGUGACAAUGAAGUGUUCGAAACCAUCGGUGGCGGACAUAUUAAAAUCACACGCAAUCCAGGAAGCAAUGCAACGAGUGUUAAUAACGCCAAAAUUACGGAAAGCGAAGUCUUCGUCUAUAAUCUGGGAACAAUGUUUUACAUAGAUGAUAUACUUUAUGCCCAUCUGUUGCGUGAAUAUGUUUCGAAGUCGACGAAAACGAGAACUGAUCCCAAUGGCAGUGGCGGCGGUGGUGGACAACGAAAUGGUGAUUACAUAAUUGGUGAUCAGGAUGAUGAAUUCGAUGAUGAGAUUAUAACGCCGAAGGCACUACCCGUCCAGAUUUUUGAACUUCCACAAUAGAUCUAAAUGAAUAUAAUUCAAUUUAUUUUACAUUGGCUAAAUACAUACAUACUUAUAUGCAUACAUACGAAUGCCAAAGUAGCCGAAAGAUACGUAGUAUUAGAGGUUAUAUUUUUUGGAAUAUACGUACAUACAAACAUAUAUACAAACAUACGUAUAAUUUGUGUAUGGGAAUGUGGUCCAAGCAGGAGCAGAGUGUCGGAUCACUUUGACGCCACUGUGUAUAGCUUGAUUUAUAUUUUGUUAUUUGAAUGCUAUUGUUUAAAUCUGCUUUAA